AUGAUACUCCGAAAAUUCUUUAACACUUCUGCUCCUCCUCUGCCGCCUCUGCCGCCUCUUCCCCAUCUUCCUCCUCCUCCUCUUCCCACUCUCUCCUCCUCUUCCCCCUCUCUCUUACUCCCCCUCUUCCUCCUCCUCCUCUUCCCACUCUCUCCUCCUCUUCCCCAUCUCUCUUACUCCCCCUCUUCCUCCUCCUCCUCUUCCCCCUCUCUCCUCCUCCUCUUCCCCCUCUCUCCUCCUCCUCUUCCCCAUCUCUCUUACUCCCCCUCUUCCUCCUCCUUCUCUUCCCACUCUCUCCUCCUCUUCCCCAUCUCUCUUACUCCCCCUCUUCCUCCUCCUCCUCUUCCCCCUCUCUCCUCCUCCUCUUCCCCAUCUCUCUUACUCCCCCUCUUCCUCCUCCUCCUCUUCCCCCUCUCUCCUCCUCCUCUUCCCCCUCUCUCCUCCUCCUCUUCCCCAUCUCUCUUACUCCCCCUCUUCCUCCUCCUCCUCUUCCCACUCUCUUCUCCUCCUCCUCUUCCCCCUCUCUCCUCCUCCUCCUCUUCCUCCUCCCCCUCCUCUUCCCCCUCUCUCCUCCUCCUCCUCUUCCUCCUCCCCCUCUCUCCUCCUCCUCCUCCUCAGUCUGACAGUGGAUCCUUUUAA